ACAGAGCUCUGACCUCGUCCAUACUGAAUACCUUUGGUCUCAGAGGUUCAGAUUUCUGAGGACUAAUAAAGCAAUGAAACAGCAGCAGCAGAGUACGUGGCCUGAGGCUGAUCCUCCUUCCACAUCGUCCUCCUCUGUGUGCAGAUACAUUACACUGUACAGCAUCUUGGUGUUCCUCCUCAUCUGUGCUUUUGUGGGUGUCAUGAUAGUGUACGCGGUGCAGAAGGAGCAUUACUUCAUGGACACGGUGGAGUUAAAAGGCCUACAAUACAAAGCCGACCUCAAGGAUAAAAUGUCUGCAUUUUUUUUAAUCCUGACAGCCACUUUGGAAACAAAGAUGCACGAUAUUUUCAUGACCUCAUCAAUUGCAUCCCAUUUUGUUUCCUGCCAUAUCGUUGCAUACGGGAACAUCAGUGAUAACGUGAUGGUGACGCUUCGUUUGGUCUUCAGAGUGGCCGAAUUUCAAGUACAUUUUACAGACUACAGUGAGAAUUUCUUCCAGGAGCAGAUUCACUACAGCUUUCAGGCUUUGGUCACUCCAAACCCGCUGAUUGUUCCUGAGUUUGGAAAAAUUCAAAACAUCGUACCUCUGGGUUCUAGCGGAAAGUCAUACUAUGUAAUCGACCCUAACGAAAGUAGAUGUCCUGAUGACAUGUUCACCUGUGCCAGUGGAGAGUGUGUGACUAAACCAAAUCCUGAGUGCGACUCCGUGUUGGAUUGUGCUGAUGCGUCAGACGAGGCAUACUGCUCAUGUGGCAGGAAACUGGUGGUGGACAGUCGGGUUGUUGGGGGUGGAAAUGCCCGUCAUGGUGAUUUGCCCUGGCAGGUCAGUCUAAGACUUCGCGGCAGUCACACUUGUGGCGCUUCCAUCAUCAACCGCCAUUGGCUGGUCAGCGCUGCACACUGCUUUGAGAGCAGUAAAAACCCAAGGGACUGGACGGCGCUGGUUGGAGCCAGUUCAGUGAGUGGGAUGGAGAAAGGAGCCUUCACUGUAAACAUCAAAACGCUGAUCCUAUCUCCAGAUUAUAACCCCAUAAACUCAGACAGUGAUGUAAGCGUGCUGGAGCUGGAGAAGCCUCUGACUUUCACUCCUUACAUCCAGCCCAUCUGCAUCCCAUCCUCGUCUCACGUCUUCACUCCUGGACAAGACUGCAUCGUAUCUGGAUGGGGAGCCACCUCACAGGACAGCAAAACGUUGCCUUCCACACUUCAAAAGGCCUCAGUGAAGAUCAUUGAUUCCAACGUGUGCAACAAUUCCAAAGUAUACAGAGCCCUCACCAGUAACAUGAUGUGUGCCGGCUUCCUGCAGGGAAAAGUCGACUCCUGCCAGGGAGACUCAGGAGGUCCUCUGGUGUGUGAAGGCAGUCCUGACAGCUUCUUCCUGGCAGGUAUAGUGAGUUGGGGAGCAGGCUGCGCACAAACCAAUAAGCCUGGAGUGUAUUCCCGGGUCACCGCGCUCCGCAAAUGGAUCCUGAGCCAUGCUGAGCCCAUUAGCAUUCAGUACAGACCUACGGUUCGCAGCGCAACAAACACUGCAGUCCUUCGUGCUAAGUCCAUCACAUCAACUCCUUUGGUGUCAGAUAGGAAUACUACAACUGGAGCUGUAAACUGCAGUGGAAACUUUGACUGUGGUGCAGGAGUGUGUAUCAGCAAGAUAAAUCCUGAGUGUGACAGAGUGGCUGACUGCUCUAAUGAAGCCGAUGAAAAGGACUGCAACUGUGGCCAGAGACCUGAAUUUCCCCCCCAGAGAAUUGUGGGAGGUGUGAGUGCCUGUCGAGGGGAGUGGCCAUGGGUAGCAAGUCUGCAGUUUCAGCGUUUACAUCGCUGUGGAGCCACUCUGAUACACUGCAAAUGGCUCCUUACAGCUGCUCACUGCUUCAGCAAAAAGGAGUUAAACCCCACUGGCUGGACGGCAAGUUUAGGCUCGGUACUCCGGUCCGGAUUGGGAGCUUUGGUCAUCCCAGUGCAGAGGAUCAUCCUGCAUCCUGCCUUCAACAGCAGCAAUAUGGACUUCGAUGUGGCUCUGGUGCAGCUCUCGAUCCCAGCACCGAGCUCCUACACCAUCCAGACACUGUGUUUGCCCUCCCCAACACACAGCUUCUUCACAGGCACAGAGUGUUACAUCACGGGAUGGGGCUCAAUGAGGGAAGAUGGAAAGCUAACUAAUCAGUUACAGAAAGCUCAGGUUGGUAUAAUAGACCAAUCCGAGUGUCAGCAGUCUUACGGAAGAAAACUGACUCCCAACAUGAUGUGUGCUGGAUCUAUGGAAGGUGGCAUUGAUACGUGUCUGGGCGAUUCCGGAGGUCCGUUAGCAUGCCGUGAGCCGAGGGGCCGGUGGUUUAUAGCUGGCGUGACCAGUUGGGGUCGAGGUUGCGCUCGAAACAGAUUCCCCGGGGUGUACACGCGUGUCACCGCUGUCAGGGAAUGGAUCUCUACAUACCUCCCUUUUUAAAGAUGCUCACCUUCGUAUGGACUUUCACCAGUUACUUGUGCAUACUUACUUGAAAAGUUGCAUAUUUAUUUUGUAUAUUUAUUAUUGCUUAUGCCAAAAUGAAAACCUCGGACUCUAUUAGGCCUUGAAAAUGUUAAAAGUUAUAUUAUUUUAAUUAGUACAUUAGCCCAAAUCCCACUAGGAGUGAAUUGACUAGUAGAUUGGGCUGGCUUUACAGUGCACAAAUUUAAACAUAUGAGAAGGAACAAAUGCAAAAACACAUCUAGGUGCUUUAAAGACUCAUACAUUGAUUGGUAAUUACUGUAGCUGCUGAAUCACAGCUGCGACCUCACCAGCAAUCAGUGGAAUUACAACUGGAAGUGUGUUUAGCUACAUUUUUCUUUGUCCCUAAACGUUUCUACUUUCCAAAUAAUAAUCAGAAACAUAAGGACACGUAAUAAUGUUCAUAUUGAAAACCUGUGAUCUAAUAAUUGUGAAGUAAAAAUGACAAUAAAUGUAUGCAUCAACUACA